UACAUAUGUUUGCUUGUAAUGGUCGAUGAGGCUGAGACUGCUCAUCAAAUCAUUAGCUGACUGCAGGGCUUGUCAGCUAAUGGUUGGGUCAGCGUUAUAAACAGACCUCUCCGUCCCACCCACCAUUCACCCCACUGUGAGACUGGUCACUCUCUCAUUCACAGUCUGCUUCAUUCACCCCAGUUUCUGCCUCGAACAGCACAGACGUGAAGUGUUGUUUAUCAAAUGGACGUGUUGGCCGCUCCUGCAGACAGACAUAAAGGAUGGUACCUUUCUCUGAUGGCACCCAACACAAAAGGACCAAAGUUUGCCUGGCUGGACCCGUCCAGACUCUACUGCAAUUCCCAGGCUCUUGCAGACUGUGUCAAAGACCUUCUCAGCCCAUUCCACAGCGACACCAUCGACCUGGUCGCCGGGAUAGAUUCAAUGGGAUUUAUUCUUGGUGCGUCUCUUGCCAAUGCCCUUGGCAAAGGUUUUCUGGCUAUCCGCAAAGCAGGACACCUGUGUGUCUCUACUGAAUACCAAACCUACAGCGACUACACAGGCAGAGAAAAAACUAUGGAAGUAAGACUGGAUGUGCUAAAACCAGGUAUUAGGGUGCUAAUAGUGGACCAAUGGAUAGAAACCGGAGGCACUAUGAAGGCUGCCAUCAAGCUGGUGGAGAGGCUGGGAGCCACUGUUGUAGGUGUAGCCGCCGUGGCCAUCGAGAACACUGAAGGUGGGAAGUGGAUCAAAGAACACUACAAAUUCUCUCACUGCAUCCCCGAAGAGCUCCAGAGCCAAGUUGACCGGAAGUAUCUCGAUUUCUUCAAAAGCUUCAACUGAACAAGAAAA